AUGACAGUGGCUACAAUUUACAUUACAGCAUCUCAAUAUGGUAAAUUGGUAAGUAAUACAACAGCACAGCAAUUAAUACUUAUUAAGUUUGAUCUAAAUUCGGUUUCUCAGCAAGCAGUACAAGAGGGUGAUUUGGAUAGAAAAGCCUCGCGACAAACCACAACCCAAGUUCAGAUGCCCACUACAACCAGUAACUCGACAAGUUGUAAUGGUGAGAAAAUGACAAAAGUAUGCACAAGUACGCCAGACGAAGGACGAAUCUCGACUCUUUUAGAAGAGUACGCAGAUUUAUUUGAAGGUGUAGAACAUCUUAAAGGGUUUGAACAAAAACUGCACAUUGACCAUAGCGUGCCACCUGUGCCCAAACAUACCGUAGAAUACCUUUUAAUCUUCGUCUUCAGUUUGAGAAGUGGCUUCAAGAGUCGCAGGAUAAUGAUUUGAUUGAACCUGUCGUUAAUAAAAGUACAGAGUGGGUCAGUGGAGUAGUGAUCGUGCCUAAGCCAAAAAAUCCGGACGAAAUACGCGUAUGUGGGGACUAUCGCAGAGUUAACGAAGUCAUUAAGAGGAAACACCACCCUAUGCCUAUAAUUGAGGAACUAACAGAUGAUAUGAGCAAUGCAGCUCAUUUUUCUCGCCUGGAUUUAAGAAGCGGAUACCAUCAAAUUGUGCUUAACGAAGAAUCGCGUGGUAUAACAACUUUUAGCACUCAUAAAGAUCUUUUCCAGUGGAAAAGACUCCCUUUCGGAAUCAACUCGGCAAGCGAAGUGUUUCAAAAUGCUAACCAGCAUGCAUUGCAAGGAUUGAAUGGAGUUAAAAACAUUGUUGAUGACAUCAUUGUUUGGGGGCGAACUCAAAAAGAACAUGAUGACAAUCUUCAAGCUCUAUUGCAGAGACUAAGAGAGACAGGAUUGACUGCAAAGAAAAGCAAGUGCCUUUUCAAUGUGGACAGUUUAUGGUUUUAUGGCAUGAUUCUUAGUAAGAAUGGGAUUAGGCCUGACCAAGAGAAAGUUGUUGCAAUAAAAAAUACACCUGCCCCAAACAAUGUAAAAGAACUUCGUAGCUUUCUAGGACUCGUGAAUUACUGUUCGAAGUUUAUUCCUAAUUUCUCCACCAUUACGGCGCCGCUACGGAAAUUGGACCGCAAAAAGGUUCCAUGGACAUGGAACGCCAGUCAUCAAGAGGCCUUUGAUCAGGUUAAAUCUUCGCUAUCUGAACAGUGUACGUUUGCAUAUUAUCACCCUAACAGAUCAACGAGUGUGGUUAUGGAUGCUAGUCCUGUAGGCCUAGGGUCUAUUUUGGUUCAACAUGACGAACAGGGCAUUUUGAAAUUGAUUGCUUUUGCUAGUAGAGCAAUAACAGUAGUUGAACAGCGGUACUGUCAGACAGAACGAGAAGCGUUGGCAUGUGUGUGGGCAUGCGAGAAAAUUUAUGUUUAUUUGGUUGUCAGUUUACCCUGUAUGCAGAUCACCAAGCGUUAGAAAUCCUUAACUCAGCAAAGGCCAAACAAUCUGCUCGAAUACAGAGAUGGGCAUUGCGCCUCCAGCAGUAUAACUACAAGGUCAAGUAUCGUCCAGGCACAGGGAAUCCGGCAGAUUUCCUUUCGCGGGCUCAAAUUAACGAGCCCUCGGGACAGUCUAUUGCCAAAGAAUAUAUUAACUUUGUAACAGAGCAAGCCAUUCCCAGAACAAUUGCCUUGUCAGAGGUGCAAGAAGCGACAAAGAACAAUAAAGAACUGCAGUCAGUUGGACGAGCACUUCAGUCUGGCAACUGGAAAGACAAAUCCUUAUCAGCUUAA